AUGUCAAUGUCGCUGGGCUCAGCCAGCCGUCUAAUGAAUUCGGUACGGAGACAUUCAGAACAAUCUGUCACGCUUCGACACAAAACGUCCAGCUGGAUGGCCCUCUGCAGUUGUCGGUCAGUUCACCGAGACCGCCGGAAAAUGUCGAACCCACCCACUUACCUCGGCCGUUUCUUGAUUUGUUUCACCGUCACGGUCUCGUUUUUCUUGUCGGCCACCGCCGGCCUCGCCUCGGCCUCCCCAUCCGACGGCUGUCAAAUCAGCGAAAGCAGUGCGGAUGGUGCCAGUCUUCACUGUCGGUUCCGGGCCUUCAACGCCGAUUGGAGUAGUAGCUCGGUCAGCCGGCUGGAACAACAGACGGCCAAAGGGUUGUGGGUCGAGUGCGCCGAUUCGUCGGCCUAUCCGGUCGUUUUGCCCACGUCGGCCUUUGCCGAUUUCGCUCACCUCGAGUGGCUGCACGUCGACUCGUGUCGGCUGUCUGACCUGCCCAGCAAGUCGCUGCAAGGGCUGGACAAAUUGCGACAGUUGCGCAUCCAAACACGAAACGCCGACUGGCCGGGCACGUCUUUAACCAUCUCGGAUCAAUUGCUGAACGAUGUCCGAUCGUUGGAGUCGCUCGAUCUGGCGUUGAACGACAUCCGAUCGCUGCCCAGCCCGUCGUUGUGCACGCUGGACAAACUGGUUCAGCUCAACUUGACCGGCAAUCGAUUGAGUGAUCUACUGUGGACCAAGACGCAAACGGGCUGCCUGCAAUCUCUCAAAGUGCUGGACAUGUCGUACAAUCGACUGGUCACGUUACCGGCCCGAUCGUUGGCCAACUGGACCAUGCUGGAAGAGCUCCACCUUCAGGGCAAUGGAUUGGUCAGCGUCGAUGAUAACAGCCUCAUCGGUUUGGCCUCUCUUCGGCUGGUCAACUUGGCCGGCAAUCAAUUGACUUCCCUACCGCCGGGCCUCUUGUCGUCCAGCAGCCAGCACUUGGCCGAACUCUACGUCAGCGCCAACGGCCUGACCGUGUUGGCACCGGGCCUCUUCCGCGGUCUCAGCAAAUUGCUUGUGCUCGACCUGUCGGAAAACCAGCUGACUGCGUCCUCUUUCGGCCCGACGACACUGGCCGGCCUGUCCCGCUUGGCCGUGCUCAGUCUCCACAACAACCGCAUCUCGCGUCUCGAUGCCAACCUGUUCUCCGACCUGACCAACUUGCAAAUCCUGAGGCUGGACGGCAACAUGUUGGAGACGCUGCCCGACGGCGUGUUCAGCUCGCUGCCUCAUUUGCAUACGCUCAUCUUAUCGCGCAAUCGUCUGACGCGCUUGGACGGACAGCUGAUGGCCAAUUUGAAUUCGCUGUCCAUCCUGGCGCUGGACAACAAUCUGAUCGAGCGAAUCGACCCGGAAGCCUUGGCCAACACCACUCAGCUCCAGGAUUUGAAUUUGAGUGGCAACAACCUGCCGGCCGUGCCCGUCGCCCUCUCGGCCCUCAUCCGACUCCAGUCGCUCGACCUCGGCGAGAACCGACUCGUCGGCUUCGAUUACGCCGUCCUGGACGGCAUGAAGGAGUUGACCAGUUUGAGGCUGUUGGACAAUCAGAUUGGGAACAUCAGCCGGGCGACAUUCGCCAGUUUGCCCAGUCUGCGCAUCCUCAAUCUGUCCAAGAAUCAGAUCGCCGCCGUGGAAGAAGGAGCCUUCAGUCAGAAUCCCUUACUGCAGGCCGUCCGUCUCGACGCCAACGAACUGACGGAUUUGACUGGGCUGUUUCACUCACUGCCCAACUUGGUGUGGCUCAACGUCAGCGACAACCGACUGGCCCAUUUCGACUACGCUCUCAUUCCCAAGUCGCUGCAGUGGCUGGACAUGCACCUCAAUCACAUCCCCGAGCUGGGCAACUAUUUCCAAUUGGACGACCAACUCUCUUUGCAGACGUUGGACGCCAGUUUCAACCGGCUAACAGAGUUGACGGCCAGCAUGCUGCCCGACAGUCUCCAAGUUCUCUCUUUGAACGAUAAUCUCAUCUCCUCCGUCCAGCCGUACACUUUCUUCCGCAAGGAUAACCUGACCCGAGUCGAUCUCUACGCCAACCACAUCGCCGACCUCGACCAGAACGCCCUCCGCAUUUCGCCGACAUCUGACGGACGCCCGCUCCCCGAGUUCUACAUCGGCGGCAACCCGUUCCAGUGCGAUUGCAACAUGGAGUGGCUGCAGAGGAUCAACACGCCCGACCACCUGCGCCAACAUCCUCGCGUCAUGGACCUGGAGGGCAUCUACUGCCGCCUGUUGCACAGCAGCCGGCCGCAGCGCUCCUACGUGCCACUUGUCGAGGCGACGCCGUCCAAUUUCUUGUGCACCUACGAAACGCAUUGCUUCGCUCUCUGCCACUGUUGCGACUUUGACGCCUGCGACUGCGAGAUGACUUGCCCCACAAACUGCACCUGCUACCACGACCAAUCGUGGUCGGCCAACAUUGUCGAUUGCUCCGGCGGCUCUCAUCCCAACUUGCCAGAGAGGAUCCCCAUGGACGUGACGGAAUUGUACCUGGACGGGGCCCAGAUCCGUUCCUUGUCCUCGCACAAGUUCAUCGGCCGCAAGAACUUGCGUCUCCUCUUCCUCAACUCGAGCGGAGUCGAAAUCAUCCACAACAGGACGUUCAACGGAUUGCGAGGACUCUACGUCCUCCACUUGGAGGACAACCGCAUCCGGACGCUGGAGGGCUUCGAGUUUGGUGAUUUGGAAUCGCUGCGCGAACUCUAUUUGCACAACAACGCCAUCACGUCCAUCCAGAACCGGACGUUCUCCGCUUUGAAACACUUGCAAAUCCUGCGUCUCGACGGCAACCGACUCGUCGAUUUCCCCGUCUGGAAUCUCCUGUCCAACGCGCCCGAACUCAACGCUCUGACACUCAACGACAAUCCGUGGAGUUGCGACUGCGCUUUCCUGGCCGAAUUCCGGACGGCUCUCCGCACAGCCGGCCCUAAAGUGCCCGAUGCCAUCCAAUUGGUUUGCGUCACCAACGAGCGUGAUUCGGCCGUUUCCAGCUUGCCCGUCCUGAUGCCGGAAGUAUUGGAAGGAUCCAACCGUAGCUCCAACCGGAGCAUCGGCCUCUGCGUCAGCCCGACGCCGUCGGCCACGACGAUCGUCCAGCAGCGCGUCAUCCAAGAUUACUUGCCACUUUUGGUGACGACUUUGGUGGCGUUCAUCGCCAUCACGCUCAUCGUCUUGCUCGUUUUCAUCUACCGACAGCCGGUGCGUGUUUGGUGCCACGCCCGUUACGGAGUCCGUCUUUGGACGGCCGGAAGUGGCGCAGCGGCGGCAGCACCGGACAGUAAACUCUUUGACGCCUUCCUGUCGUACAGCGCCAAGGACGACGCUUUCGUCCAGCAAAUGUUGGCCACCAACUUGGAGUACGGCUCGCCGACUUACAAACUUUGUCUACAACAUCGUGACUGCCCUUCCGGCGGCGGAGCUUACGGGUUGUCGGAGACGAUCGGCCAGGCCGUCGACUCGUCGCGUCGCACCGUCAUGAUCAUCUCGCCCAACUUUAUCAAAGCCGAGUGGUGCCGUUUCGAGUACAAGUCGGCCCUACACCAACUGUUUGGAAGUUCGCGCCACUGUCAGUCGAAGGUGAAGCAGACGAAACGGUUGAUUGUCAUCCUCAUCGGUGACGUGACCCACAAGGAUUUGGACGCGGAUUUGAAGCUCUACCUCAAGACCAAUACGUACUUGCAGUGGGGAGAAGACGGCUUCUGGGACAAGCUUCGUUUCGCUCUUCCGGAUCCCGUCCAGCAGCCGAACCGGGCGCAACAGCAGAUCCAUCAGCUGCCGUUGCAGCACACGCACCAGCAGCAGCAGCAACAGGCUCACAAUAAGGCCGUCAGGCCGUGCGGAGGUCCGGCCAUCCAGACCACCAUGGGCCCGGCUCCGUUGGCGACCUCGGCGGCCAUGGCGGCUCAUCAGAUGCAUCUGCAUCAGCAGCGCAGCGCCUCGCGCCCUUGUAACGUCACCAUUCCGCCGAGAACCGUCACGCUGAACAUGUCCGGCUGAUUGAUUUUUUGAUUUGAUUUUUUUUUUUUUUGCACGUCAUUGUGAUAUCGAAAUCCCCCUCCCCCCCUCUCUAUUGUUUAUUGGAUUUUCCUCUACGAUUGUCAUGAAAAGACAUCAUUUUAUUUUAUUUUUUUUUAUAGUGAAAACGGCAGUAGAUGGCGCCAUCAAUAAUUUUUCGUAUCAACAUUUUCAAAUUCGUUAUCCGAUUAACGAUCUUGUGAUAUUUCCUUCCUUCCCCCCCCCCCCCCCCCCCUCCUUCUAUUUUCUAUUCUCGUACACAUGUGCAUAAUCAGUUUCGUCUGUCCGGCUUUCCCGAAUGUUUUUUUUUGUAUCUAGAUUAAUUUUUUUUUUUCAUAUCUAUUUUUGUUUACCUUUCCUGCAAAACAAAAAAAAACACGUAUAUCAUUAUUGAAAGUUGAGUCAACAUUUUUUUUUUGUUUGUUUGUUUGUGGUGAAAACAUUGGGCGUCGUCAUCGAGUCUGAUCCUGUUCGAAUGUUUUGUUCAGUCGAGUCUGUUGUUUUAAAUCAACAUUUUUUCCCCCCCUCGUUUUGUAUAAGUUUGCGCCCGAUUUUGUAACUUUG